AGGGAUAAAUAAUAAUAAUUAUUAGUCCGUUGUGUGAAUUGUUAAGAAAAUGGAUAGGGAUAAGUGGAAAUAGCAGCAGUUAGAAGUUGGAAGUGAUAACAGUUUGGUUGGGAGGGAAGGCAAGUACAUAAAGUGCGUGGUCUCCUCCGCACAUUUGUGUUGUGUGCCAACACCACCAAAUGGCAGCAAAGCUUUUUCUCUCUCCUCUCUCUCUUCCUCCCACUUUCCACGCUCCACACUAUUCUCCCCGGCAUCUAUGUCGUCCAACAACACCCACAACCCGCUUCACUGUUCAAGCAUUUAACCAUGUACAUCAUCUCUUCACUGCUCCUCCUUCUCUGCUUUUUCAAGAAAACCCAUAUUCUCUUUUCUCAAUUGCAGCAGCAGAUGCUGGUUAUUCAUUGGCUAGCUACUACACUUCUCUAGGUCUGUUUGUCAUCUCUGUUCCUGGUCUUUGGUCCCUUAUUAAACGAUCUGUCAAAUCCAAGAUUGUGAAGAAGACAUUUGUUAAGGAAGGGAUAGAGGAAGGAAAGAAAGCGGCUAACCAGGUUGCUGGCGAAAUUCUUUCAUUCUUCACUCGAAAUAAUUUCGCUGUCUUGGAUAGAGGAGAGACUAUUACGUUUGAAGGAAUGAUGGUUCCAAGCCGAGGACAAGCAGCACUGUUAACUUUCUGCACCUGUAUAAGCUUGGGAAGUAUUGCCCUUGUUCUUACUAUAACAGUUCCAGAUGUAGGCAAUAAUUGGUUCUGGAUCACUGCCUUAAGUCCGUUAGCGGGUGUAUAUUAUUGGACUCGAGCAUCCAGAAAGGAGCAGAUCAAGGUGAAAAUGAUGGUGGCAAAUGAUGGAAGCUUGUCAGAAAUCGUUGUUCAAGGUGAUGACCAAGAAGUAGAGAAAAUGCGGAAGGAGCUACAGCUGAGUGAAAAAGGCAUGGUUUAUGUUAAGGGCUUACUUGAAAGAUGAUAUUACGCGGUUUUCUUGUAAGAUAUAUAUGCCUGAAACAUAUUCCAUGAUUUUUCGCCAAUAACAUUUUGAUGUUCCUUUAUCGUUCUUAUGUUUUAACCUGAAAAUUUCUAAGAAACUGUAAAUUAAUAGCACAUGCAUAUAUUAAUCACAAGUUCUUGUGCAA